AUGAGUAAAAACAUGUCUACCAAGACAAGAAGUGCAAGGAAAGAUGCAGAAGGAACAAGUAAGAAGAAGAGUGUAAUUGUUGGACCAUGGGGAGGCAAUGGAGGGACUAGUUGGGAUGAUGGAGCCUUUACAGGGGUAAGAGAAAUCACACUAGUUUAUGAUCGUUGCAUCGACUCUAUUCGUGUCGUUUAUGAUAAGAAUGGAAAACCUUUCACAGCUGAUAAACAUGGAGGAGUUGGAGGCAACAAAACAGCUGAGAUUAAGCUACAAUACCCUGAUGAGUAUUUGAUCAGUGUGAGUGGCUACUAUUUUCCGGUUGCUCGUGGUGGCACACCGGUUAUUCGGUCUCUGACCUUCAAGACGAACCAGAGAACUUUUGGACCAUACGGAGCAGAAGAAGGGACACCAUUCACUUUCUCAAUAGAUGGAGGCCAAGUUGUGGGGUUUAAGGGACGAGGUGAUUGGUAUUUGGACUCAAUUGCCUUCACUUUGUCUAGUGCACCCUCAACCUCUCUUCUUAAGAAGGUGCAAAAAGGCUUCUAUAGACUUGCAAGCAUUGCUCCAAAAUCUUCAUCUACCAAGGCUGGUGAGAAGACUCUGGGAGUUUAA